AUGGAUGCUCAGGAAAUUGUUGGUGUUUGUGAUUCUGCACCCUCACGAGUUGAAGGAAUAGAGAAAUUAUAUGAUCUUUUAGAGGACUACCAAUCUUGCCCCUCAGUCCAGGGACAAUACUGGGCGAGAAACCACUGGUUUCAACCACAGAGUGUGGUGGAUAGGAUAAGAAUCUUACAGAAGGAAGCUAAGGUUAAGAAGGGGAAAGGAAAAGCUAUAAUUUGUGCGGUGUUGGGAGCCAGUCUGGCAGCUGCGGUGGAAGAGAGAAAGCAGAAGUCUUCUCAAACUGAUAAUGUAAUAGACUCCCUGCAGAUGGUAAUCAAAAAUUUGCAGGAACAAUUGAAAGAAAGUUAACAAUUGUUGGAGGAGGAAAGGAACCAAAAUGUGAUAUUAAAGGAGGAAUUGAAGAAUCAACUUUUGAGAGAGGCGGAUACACAGGCGGAGGUAGAAACGCCGCCUGCGGAGAAAAGGACACAGCAAAUCUAUCCUCAGGGGGAUUUGCAAAGGGCAAAAGAAACCAUAGAAAGCCUCCCACAUAUGUAUCCACUGAUUAAAACAGAGUAUGUGUAUGAGGACAGUAGUGAUGACUGUCCUCAGGUUAUCACUAAAGAAGCCCCAUAUACAGCAACUGAGUUAACAAAAUUGAGAAAAGAUUUUUCAAGGAUGGCAAAGGAAUCUGAGACGGAGUACGUGUGGAGAGUGUCUUUGUCAGGAGGAGAUGGAAUCUUGUUGUCAGAGAAAGAAGCAGAAGGAUAUUGGGGUCCAGGUGUGUUUCUAACAACUGGCGAUUACCGGGCCCCAUGGUCAUUGACUCAGAGAGCUGCGUACUGGGCUGGAGGGUUAAACCCCAUGGAAAGGGGAGAUCCCCUUGCCAUAACCAGUACAGUGGAUCAGCUAGUGGAAAGUGUGCAAAAGGCGGCAUGUAUCCAGACGAUGUAUGACCGGGAGCUCAAGCCCCAUCAGGGCUCCCCGAUGCUGCUGCCUGUGGACCCAGAGAGGAUGAGUAUUCUAAUACGGGGACUUCCCGACUCUCUGAAACCCAUUGGGAUUCAAUUGCAAGGGAGAAUUCUAAACACCCCCAAUGGAGAAAGGAUUAUGUCCACUCUGGAGGGGAGAAUGUCCCCUGACCAUCGGCAGCCAGGGAGAAAAGUGUGGACAUGGGGAGAGGUAGCUCAGGAAUUGAUUAACUUUGAGAGAAAAUACGGCCCUGUUGGUGGAUCGUCUCAAAGAACUGAAAACAAGAUCGUACGGCAACUUAGUGGGCGGCUAUUAGCCCCUGGAAGAGAGAGGCCCCUAAGUCGACAGGGACUGUGGCAGCUAGGGCUUCAGAAAGGCAUUCCCUGGGACUUGAUGGAUGGGCUCUCGACCCAAAGAUUGGAGGAGCUUGUGCAGAACUGGUCAGGGCAAAAGGCCGUUUCCAAACCAACCCCUAGUGCCCCACCCUCGAUAAACCUUGAGGACGAGCCAACUAAGGAGGAGAAGGUGGCGGGAAACUAG